GCAGUUAUCUAACAUCUCUACAAUCUUCGUGUACAUUAUACUAGAACCAAUUGAAAUACAUUUAAGUGCUCAGUUCCGAUGCCCAAGAUGAUGCAGUUCAGAUAAACGCUUAUCAUUAUUUGGAAAUACUCGUAACUUAUGAUAGGCCGUAAUGAUACCAUUGACAAAUAAAUUUCAUAAGAUAUCACGACCAUAUAAAUAAUUAUGACAACAAAAUAACACUUAUAAAACCAAUUAACCUUAGUAGAAUCUGUUGAAUUACUACUUACUGUCGCAAAAUGGAUAGCAAAAGCGACCCACUACAGUUUCUACCUCCGGAGAAAUGGGGGGACCUCGAAGCGGUAUUUGAGGCCGACUGGCCCAGAGGAAUAUCAGCCUACACAGCAAUACGAAGCCAAAGAAAUCUACUGGACAAAGGACUGAACUACGGCUUCGAAGUAUACUGUCCAUAUGGUGACGUUAGCAACGGUAUGGUCGCCUUGAAUGUCAAACACAACUUUUAUGAAGUUUGGAUUCAGUGCCCAAAAGAUGAUACAGAGUCCCUAGAAAAUGCACUUCUAUCUACAAACGUCAUAGAUUGGUCACAAGAAAUUACAGUACCAUUUAUACCUCAGCAUCUUUAUGACAUGCUUCUGAGAGUGACUAAAAAGCUUGGAGUAGUGUUUGAAGGCGAAAAUUGGCCUACCUUGGAUGUUAUUAUUUAUCAAAAGACACAGCCUGCUUUUGAAAAUAUUUGUUUACCAGAUGGCAUGCAGUUUAAGUCGGUCUCAGAAAAGGACAUCGAUAUGAUUGAUUCAAAAUGGAUAAUACGCUACGACGGAUCGAAAAGCCUAUUCAGGCUCUUAGUAAAAGCUGACCUUAGUUAUGGCCUUUAUAAAGACGAUAUUUUAAUAUCAUGGAUCUUUAUUAGUGAAGUUGGAAACAUGGCCCAUUUGCACACCCCUGAAGAAUAUAGGAGAAUGGGCUACGCAACCUUAUUACUAAAACUUCUUUGCAAUAAGUAUUUAGAAGAGAAACGAGAUCUUUUUGGAUAUUGCGAGAGUAGAAAUGUAAAAGCUCUUAAUUUAUAUAAAAAGCUCGGAUUUGAAAAACUUCAUUAUAUUCGAUAUACUGUCGUUAAGCCUAAAUAAACCGCCAACAUCAA